GCUAUAGCAAUACUCUUGCGUUACACUGCUUUGUAUUGUCAAAUCAGAGACGGGAGACAACUGAUAAAGAGAUUAAGGGAACUUAUAUGUGCCAGUUUCUCCCAAGCAUGAGUGUCUGAUGGGGGUUCAAGCAAUGGAUUUGUGUUUUAAUGACAUUGUUAAACAGGGAUAUGUGUAUUUUCGCAGCAAGCAUUUAUGGAUCUAUCGGCGGUGCUGGCUUGUUCUAAGAAGAGGCUCCAGUAAAGGGGCAAAGCGAUUGGAGAGGUUCUCAAAUGAACAAGCGGCUAACUGCCAUUGUCACCACAAAGUGACAGACCUCACAAAAAUAAGAAAUGUUACCAGACCCCCACGGGAUAAAAAGAAACACGCGGUGGUCCUGACUUUCAAUGACGACUCACCAAAGGCUUUUGCAUGUGAUUCAGAGUUGGACGCCAAGGAAUGGUGCAAAGUGCUACGAAUGGAAUGUCUGGAGACCAGAAUGACUGACCUAACCUUGGAGGAGCCAGUCCUACUUAACAUGAACCUGCAUCGAGAUCACAGAGAGCAGUUCCACGUAUUCAUGAAGCCGUCACAGUGUAUGGAUUUCAAUGGGGAAUGUAAUCUUCAGAUCACUUGUGACACUCUCUUGCUGUGGGACACCCAGAACCCUUGUCUCAAAAUCACAUCCUGGCCACUGCGGUCACUUCGCCGUUACGGUCGGGGUCAAAACUGGUUCACAUUCGAAGCUGGGAGGAUGUGUGACACUGGAGAGGGACUCUUCACUUUUCAGACGCUACAGGGAGAGCUGAUCUAUCAUAGAGUGAAUGCAGCGGUGUUAGCCACUGUGGAGCAAGAGGACUGGCUAUGCUGUGAUGCGAGGAAGUAAGGCUCAGAGAGGAGAACCAGAGAGUCUACAAGACCUUGGUCUCUGUGCUGACACUGCUGACGGUCCAGUCACAAUCCUUGAUCCCAUUUGGAAUCAGAUUAAAUAUAUUCACUGUAUAUCAGUUUGAUGGUCAUAGUUGUUUUUUUGAAAACAAUGUUCAGAUAUGAAGGAAUUACAUAAACACAAAGGCCUACAUAUUUAUGUACUGGAAUCCUUCAGUAUAUUUUCAGUUAAAACUAUCGAAGUUAUCAAUUUUUGUCUGCUUUUUGCAUUUUGAUAGUUUGUGUGAAUAUUAGUUUUUGCUUUUAAUAGUACAGGUAACUGCCAAAAUAAAGGAAACGAUUGAGUAAUUGAGGGAUACAAAGUAUAUUGAAAGCAGGUACUUCCACACAGGUGUGGUUCCUGAGUUAAUUAAGAUCUCAUCAUGCUUAGGAUCAUGUGUAAAAAUGCCCAGUUGCCCAUUAUGUCAGCUACCAUGGCUAGAAGAAGAGAUCUCAGUGACUUUGA